AUGGUUUCUCAGGGGAUUCAACUCAUCGGCAUAUCAAUGGCUGUGAUUGGCUGGUUCCUGGUCAUCAUUGUGUGCGCUUUGCCCAUGUGGAAGGUCACAGCCUUCAUCGGAGCCAACAUUAUCACGGCUCAGACCAUAUGGCAGGGCAUGUGGAUGAACUGUGUGGUGCAGAGUACAGGCCAGAUGCAGUGCAAGGUAUAUGACUCCAUGCUGGCUCUACCCCAAGACCUGCAAGCUGCUCGGGCCAUGAUCAUCAUCUCCAUCCUGACUGGAAUAUUUGGGCUGGUCUUGUCAAUCGCUGGCGGGAAAUGCACUAACUGCAUCGAGGAGGAGAGGUCCAAGUCGAAGGCUUGCAUCGUGGCUGGAAUUUUGUUCAUCAUCUCUGGGUUGCUCUGUCUCAUUCCAGUCUCCUGGUCUGCAAACACCAUUAUCACCAACUUCUACAACCCACUGCUCGUCAAUGCCCAGAGACAAAACCUCUUCGCGAUGGGGAGGAUUGGCAAGGAAGUGGCAGGUCAGGUCAUCAGCUUCAUUGGCCUGGUUGGAGUGUCGGUGACAUGCGGGAUCCCCAUGUGGAGAGUGACCUCUUACAUCGGAGCCAACAUCGUAACAGGCCAGAUAGUGUGGGACGGUCUGUGGAUGAACUGUGUGAUGCAGAGCACUGGGCAGAUGCAAUGCAGUCUGAAUGACUCAGUAAUGAGGCUUUCCACUGAUCUGCAGGCUGCCCGAGCCCUGGUCAUCAUUUCUAUCAUCUUCGGCUUCAUCGGAUUCAUCAUCACCUUCAUUGGAGCCAAGUGCACCGGCUGCCUGGAUAAAGAUUCAUCUCAGGCCAAGGUAGUGAUAAUAGGUGGCUGUCUCAUCAUUGUUGCUGCCAUCCUGGUCCUGAUUCCUGUCUGCUGGUCUGCAGCCACCACCAUCUCAGACUUCAAUAGCCCAUUAACGAUCGAGACACAGAAGAGGGAACUUGGGGCCUCCAUUUACAUUGGCUGGGCCUCUGCUGCCAUUCUCCUGAUCGGUGGGAUCAUCUUUACCACUUCCUGCCCUCCUCAAAAACCCAUGUAUGGAUACCCAGGAUACCCACCAGCACCCGUGUACCCUUAUGCGGCACCAGUAAACCCAGCAACCUAUGCUCCUGUGUACAUGCCCCCAUCCAGCCGACCAUACUCAUCGACUGGGUCAUACGUGCCCACCAAACCAUACGCGGCACCAACCACAUACUCUCCAAGACAGUACCUCUAA